AAGAAGCCAACAAAUUAUGAUUGACGGCGUCACUGACAAAUACUUCUACGGUGUUUAAAACGAGCAACCAAUCAUCUCGCCGUAUGUAGGCGGGAUUUCCUGUGCGUGACGUACACGCUCCCAGUCAACAGUGGAGGCCCCACCCUUUGUGUUACUUACAGCCCGUCAAUCAAAAUACAAAAAAAUCUGACAGUUAUCACCUUAUUUUUCGCGUAUACAAUCAUUAUAGUCUACUGGUCAUGUCCGGGGGCUUGUGACUAUCAGGAUUGUCCGUUUAACGACAAGUCACGCAAUGACUGCCCAAGAACAACCAAUGAAAUCGGGGCAGAUGGCUGCCUUGGACGUGGACACCAGUCAAGGCGGCUUUCUGCAACAAGAGGAACCCAGGGGCAACCAGGACACACAGCUAUCACCCCUCGACCUGCUAGCAACCACCUGCACUAGGGUUGGGUCACCGACGUCAGAGGUGGACAGAGGUGCUGCCGCUGAUUUGACAUCAGAUCCAACUACGCACCUUACCGGGACUGAUAAAUGGGAGGUGUUGACCCCCACAACAGGAGCUAAGGAUGAGUCUGGGCUGAUACACAUCCAAAGUCAAGGAAUAUUAACCUCAAAUGGACAGUAUGUUCUUCCCCUCCAAAACCUACAGACUCAGCCAAUCUUUGUGACAUCGGGAACAGAAAACUCCAAUGCCAAUUCAGUGCCUAACAUUCAGUACCAAGUAAUUCCUCAUAUUCAGACAGCCGAUGGACAGCUGAGCUUCUCUUCAUCUGGCGUGGAAAGAACGACUCUGACUCAGGAUGCCACAGGGCAGAUUCAGAUCUUGCCUGAUGGUAGCCAGAGUCUCAGUGUGGCAUCAACUGCGAGUAUCCUUAAUAACAACCAGAACCUCAUAUCACAGACUGGUAAUAUACAGCAGCUCCAGGGGGUUUCUAUUGGCAGCUCCACCUUCAGCAACCAGGGUCAGGUUGUCACUAAUGUGCCUGUAGGUUUGCCUGGGAACAUUACAUUUGUUCCUAUUAAUAGUGUGGACUUGGACUCACUGGGCCUGUCUGGUGCUCAGACUAUAGCAACAGGGGUCACUGCUGAUGGCCAGCUAAUUAUGGCUAGUCAGCCUGUGGAUGGCUCAGAGGGCCAGGUGAAGACAAAUGAUCACCUCUCACAGACAAUUUCCGUAAAUGACACAAAUGCAAAUCCUGAAAUUUUUGUGCCAACGUCUUCCUCUCAGCUACACGUUCCAGCAAAUGAGUCAGGUCUGCUGACACAAGCUUCAUUGCCAUCAGUGUCUGCAGACCAAAGUGAUUCAAGUUCUGGUCUCCAGGAAAGCUUUAUCCAACAAAACCAGGAGCAUAACAUUCAGAUGUCCUCAGCGCAGCCUAUCAUCCAGCUGCAACAGGUGCCCAUUCAGACCACUAACAGUCAGGUGGCGACAGGCGGAGCAGGCCUACAGAACGUGCAACUGAUCAAUCCAGGAACCUUCAUCAUCCAAGCCCAGACGGUCACCCCAUCAGGUCAGAUACAGUGGCAGACAUUCCAGGUUCAGGGAGUACAAAACCUGCAGAACCUCCAGCUGCCCACUACGCCACCUCAGCAGAUAACCCUGGCUCCAGUACAGACCCUGUCACUGGGGUCCAAUGCAGUCGGUAUUGGCACAGGACAAAUCCCCAACCUGCAAACGGUGACGGUCAACUCGGUAGCCCAGCAUGAAGGAGACGCAGAUCUCCCUGGAGACAUUCAGAUAAAGGAAGAGCCAGACUCCGGAGACUGGCAGCUGAGCACUGACUCCACCCUGAACACAAGUGAUCUAUCCCACCUUCAUGUUAGGCUGGUGGAUGAGGAGGACCAGUUGGGCCAAGAAGGCAAAAGGCUGCGCAGGGUGGCGUGCACUUGCCCCAACUGUAAAGAGUCAGGUGGGAGGGGUUCCGGCGUGGGGAAAAAGAAACAGCACAUCUGCCAUAUUGCAGGCUGUGGGAAAGUCUACGGAAAGACGUCGCACCUGCGAGCACACCUGCGCUGGCAUUCGGGGGAGCGACCUUUUGUUUGCAGCUGGGUGCUCUGUGGGAAGAGGUUCACACGCAGCGACGAGCUGCAGAGACACAGGAGAACACACACAGGAGAGAAGAAGUUUGUCUGCCCAGAAUGCUCCAAGCGCUUCAUGCGGAGCGACCACCUGGCAAAGCACAUUAAAACUCAUCAGAACAAAAAAGGCGUGAACUCUGGCAGCGCGGUGGUGGCCUCGAUGGAAUCGGCAGGGUCCUCGGACAGUAUCAUCACGACGGCAGGCGGAACCACCCUGAUCCUCACCAACAUCCAGCAGGGCUCCAGCAACGCCCAGGACAUCCUGGCUAACGCAGAGAUCCCUCUCCAGCUCGUCACCACAGUAGCGGCCAGUGAAGUCAUGGAGUGAAUUUUAUGCUCCUUAUGAACUUAUACAACCUCUCAUACUAUAUACUUCUACCUGCAUUUUUAUCCAAGUUUCAAAGACAAACUAAACUUUUAAAUAUAUAUGUAUAUAUAUAUUUUAACACUGAGACGGUCAGGCAGAGGCCCUCUUCAUUUUUACUGGGGAAAAACUAGUGUUGACUAAGACUAAAAGAAGAUGGAAGGUGGAAAAAGACAUUGCAGUAAACACACAAGGAAAUGCCUUAUUUUGUACAAUAAUGUGUAGUUGAAAAUGUAGGAUGCCAUUUUGUUUUGAAUCUACUUAUUUCUUAAUGUGUUUUCAUGAAAAAUCAUAACUAAGGUAAGCUGGGCAACCUUCUCCUCGCCUUUUGUGGAUGGCUUACCCUGAUGAUGUCUUCGUUAAGCAAGGUUUUACCUUCUGGCAAGUCUCACAACAAGAUCAUUUUAUCCAGCUAAAGUAAUGAUGUUGCUUGCGUCCAUGCAGAUUUAUUGUCAUUUUGUGUUUUAUCUUUUUCUUUUUAAUGCUUUUUUUGUUCUACUGGACUCCUUGCACUCAGUCUGCCUAAACCUUAGCAGGUCCUCCUUCCUCCAUUCAAAGAUAAUGUUGACACUCGUGACUUUUUGCAGGCGAAAAUGAAAAACAAUCAAACUUUUAUACUGUAUUUCCUCUUGAACAUAAGCUGUUGAUAUGAUACACAAUUUACUUAUCAAAUAUCUUGACUGAACUGCUAUUUAUAUUUGGCUUUACAUAAAAAUUGCAUUUGUGAUAUUAAAAGUCCUAAAUAUUUCAAAUGGCUUCACUAUGUAUUUAAGUAUGUUUUUGUAAAGGUUUUUUUUGGGGGGGGGGGCGGAAAAUCAUGUAACAUGAAGAAAAAAAGCCAUUUUUGAAGGUCAUUGCCAAAUUUGACUAAAAACUCAGGAUGAUUUGUGACUGUGUGACGAUGAGUAAAGUAGAUCAGCCCUCUAGCUUCCCAGUGAGCGGGGUGAGGAAAUGUCAUUUGAUGGACCAAAAGGUGGAAUGAAAUAAUGUGUCACUACCUGUGCUUGUUCAAACUGUGUUGCGAUUAGGACAACCCCUGCUUAUGCUAUGGAAACAGCUUUGCUCCUGUAUCUUGCUCCAUCAGUUCUUUCACGCAGUUGGAAAUUCAGUGUGUUACUGAACAUGGUACUCUUUUAAAUGACACUGUUCUCACUGUUAAUCCUUUUGUAAAGAUGUUUUGUAUAAUUGCCAAGAAACUGCUUUAUACUCAUUGUCAGUAAAUCCCUUUGUGUUCAUUGUU